CGUGUACUGGAGGUAGAUCAGUUGAUAUUAGCAGUCAGACGUUGGAGGUCGCAGUUUUUCGCACGUCUUCCAUCCUCAUCUCAAGUGAUCAGUACGGUGUGUACGUGUGUGUGUGUGUGUGAACGGUGUACAUACAUACAGACAAAUUGGCAGACCAGCCCUGCUUAUUGGUGGACAUAUAAAUUUAUUCAAUUGAAUUAAAUUCUUCAAAGAAUCAAAAGCAUAGCCAUAUACUACCAUGAAUGCAUUAAGGAAAUUGCCCACACGCUUGAUCGCCAAUGCAGUGCGACAACAACAAUGUGCUGCCAUGUCCUCGGGCAGUGCCAAUACUCCAACUCCCCUAACUUUUCUUACCGAUGAUGAGAAAAUGAUGAAGGAAACCGUUGCCAAGGUGGCCCAGGAACAAAUUACUCCUCAUGUCAAAAAAAUGGAUGAACAACACAAAUUUGAACCAUCCGUUGUUCAGGCCAUGUUUGACAAUGGUUUGAUGGGCAUUGAAAUCGAUACUGAAUUGGGUGGAAGUGGUUGCAAUUUCUUGACCACCAUUCUGACUGUAGAAGAAUUGUCCAAAGUUGAUCCAGCCGUCGCUGCUUUGGUUGACAUUCACAAUACCUUGGUCAAUUCGUUGAUCAUGAAGGUGGCCAAUGAGGAACAGAAGAAGAAAUAUUUGCCCAAAUUGGCCCAGGAAUAUCCUGGUAGUUUUGCCUUGACCGAACCUGGUGCUGGUUCUGAUGCCUUUUCCCUGAAGACUGUUGCCAAGAAGGAUGGUAAUCACUAUGUCAUAAAUGGCACCAAAAUGUGGAUAUCUAAUUCCGAUUUGUCUGGUGUGUUCUUGGUAUUCGCCAAUGCCAAGCCUGAAGAUGGAUAUCGGGGUAUCACCACCUUCUUUGUGGAGCGUGACACACCUGGUUUCACCAUCAAUAGACCUGAAGACAAAUUGGGCAUCCGUGCCUCUGGAACUUGCAUGUUGAACUUUGACAAUGUACGUAUUCCCGAAGAAAAUUUGUUGGGCACUUUCGGUCAUGGCUAUAAGUAUGCUGCUGGUUUCUUAAACGAGGGCCGUAUUGGCAUUGCCGCACAGAUGCUUGGUUUGGCCCAAGGUGUCUUUGAUCACACCAUUCCCUAUUUGUUGGAACGCAAACAAUUCGGUUCGGAGAUCUACAACUUCCAGUCCAUGCAACAUCAAAUUGCCACCAUUGCCACAGAGAUUGAGGCUGCCCGGUUGUUGACCUACAAUGCUGCUCGCAUGGUUGAACAUGGUGUUCCCUUCGCCAAGGAAGCCGCUAUGGCUAAAUAUUAUGCCUCCGAAGUGGCCCAACGUGCUGCCAUUAAGUGUAUCGACUGGAUGGGUGGUGUUGGCUUCACCCGUGACUUCCCACAAGAGAAAUACUAUCGGGAUGUUAAGAUUGGUGCCAUCUACGAGGGUACCACCAACAUGCAACUCAGCACAAUCGCUAAGCUCUUAAAGAAGGAGUACUCGUCUUAGGUGGACUUAUCAGCCAGGUGCUGUAUGUUAAAAAAUAUGUAGUCCUGAUACAGUCAUGGAACUGUACAUGCAAUAAGUUUUCAAAAGUCCCCUCCAUACAUAAGAUAACUUCUUCAUUACCGUAACAGAUACCAACAGUGCAUUUAUUUGAGGACACGGUGCGAUCUACUACUCCAUAUGGUAAUCAGACUGUGAUCUCUGGUAUAAUUAGAGAUUGUAAUAGUGAUUUUUUUUUGUAUUUGAAAAGUGAUUUAUACAAUAAAAAAAACUUUAUAUUAUUUAAA